AUGUCAGGUCUCCAGAAUGGUGUGCUGUAUCCCGCACAAGUAGGAGGCUUGCCACUUCAACAGAAGUUAAUGCCGGAGUACUUCAAGAACCUUGGAUACGAAACGCACAUCGUCGGAAAGUGGCACAUUGGAUACUCCAGCUUGAAAUACACGCCUACCUGCCGAGGCUUCGACAGUUUUCUCGGCUUUUACACCGGCCCGAUUGACUACUACAGCCACUUUAUGAACUAUAGUGGCUGCAAUGGACUGGACUUUUGGAAAAACACGACGCCUAUGACAUCUGGAAACGAGCAGGCAUUUCAAGCAGGAAUGGUGGACGCCCUGGCCCAGUCUGUUGGCGCUGUGCUCGAAGCGCUGGAAGCGGCAUUGAUGCUGGACGACACCAUCAUUGUGUUCAGCAGCGACAAUGGUGCAGCUAUCUUUGAUAGCGCCACGGUCAACCUGGGCAGCAACUGGCCUCUGCGCGGGGCGAAGAGCACGCUUUGGGAGGGCCGCGUACGCUCAGCGGCUUUCAUGUGGACUCGUCGGCUGUUUCCACACCGCAGGGUAUCACACCAGCUGAUGCAUAUCACUGACUGGCUUCCCACGCUUUACUCAGCAGCUGGAGGCGACGUGAACGAUCUAGGCUCGCUGGACGGCUUGGACAUGUGGGAAGCACUUAACGUCGGAACACCGUCCCCGCGGACGGAAAUCUUACUCAACAUCAACCAAGCGAGGAGCAACGCUGCCUUUCGCUACCGAGGGUUUAAGCUGCUCGUGGGCGACCUGUCCAAAGCUAACGAACGCUACGAACGAAUUGGAGGAAGCCGCCCCUGUGAAGAUCUGGACGUUCUGCUACGGCAGUCCCGCGCCGCCGCAGCUCUCAGACGCAUUUACAAUCAGGACGUUUUCAAGCACGGGGGAUGCUGGAGGAACGAGGCGACUGUCAAGUGUCAAGGUAUCUCCAACUCAAACUUUGUGUCGGGUCGCAGUUACUACCUGUACGACAUCACCAACGAUCCAUGUGAGCUUCACGACAUUUCCCAGGAACGACCACGGCUCGUCGCCAUGUUGAUGGACAAGUUGGCCGCCUACAAUAAAACCGUCGCGCCUCCUGUGGACACUACAAUAGACCCAAGGGGUUAUUCAGAAUACAACGGUGGUACAUGGGCACCCUGGAUGUGAGGUUUGCAGUCCGGUGACCAGCGAUUCGUCAAAAAAAAAAAGAAAUGUCAGCGCACGCGCUCGGAGGGCAGCUAAUUUUGUGCAAUGUGCAAACCCAUUUGGAACUUGGCGACCAGCGUUCCCAAGACUUCGACGCUGGCACUAAAUUUCACCAUCACAUCGGCACUCCUAGUGACGAUAAACAAUAACGAUGACUCUCAAUCCUUCCUAAUAAAAAGUACAGGUCGAAUUCAAA